AUGUACCAUCAGUCAGGAGACCUCAUCAUUGGUGGCAUUGCAACUCAUGGUAGCUUUUUCGACAGGUCAAUAGCUUUCACUGAAGAGCCUCCACCAGCAUUGCUUGAAGAUUUCUUUGCAGUGCCAAAGAAUUACCAACACAUUCUGGCCUUGGCAUUUGCAGUGAAUGAGAUAAAUGAGGACCCUCUGAUCCUACCCAAUAUCACCUUGGGCUUCCACAUCUAUGACAGCUAUUUCAAGGCAAAGCAGACCUACCAUUCUACAAUGCUUCUUUUAUCUACAUUGAAGAGAUUUGUUCCAAACUACAAAUGUGACAUCCAGAAUAAGCUGACAGCAGUGAUUGGAGGACUAGACUCCAAAAUAUCUGUUGCAAUGGCAAAUAUCCUUGAUAUCUAUAAGAUUCCACAGCUCGUGUAUGGUUCUGCUCCAGUGAUGAAUGAUAAAGCCCCAGGACUUGCUUUCUUCCAGAUGACCCCUAAGGAAACCCUUCAGUAUUCAGGGAUGCUAUCUUUAUUACUGCAUUUUGGUUGGAUAUGGAUUGGGGCCAUUGUUAUGGACACAGACAAUGGAGAGAGAUUUGUACAAAUUGCAGUUUCACUGUUCUCCCAGAAUGGUAUUUGUUUUGCCUUCAUAGAAGUGCUCCCCUUUUCAAUUUCUUUCACUGAAUUUGAUGAUAAGUUAGAACAUGGGUCAAAAAUACACGCUAAAGCCAUGGACAGCAAAGCCAAUGUAAUAGUGUUUUAUGGAGAAUCUAAUGCUAUGAUGUAUCUGAGAUGGUUUCCAUAUCUGUCAAAAGAGGAACAUGAGACAAAUAUAUCAAGAGGUAAAGUGUGGAUACUGACAGCCCAGAUGGAGCUCACUUCAUUGGCCUUUCAAAAGAAUUGGGAUACAGAUAUAAUCUUUGGUGCUCUCUCUUUUGCAAUUCACACCACUGACCUACCAGCGUUCAAGCCAUUUGUUGAGAGCAUCAAUCCUUCCAGGACAAAAAGAGACAGUUUUAUCAAAGACUUCUGGCAGCAGGCUUUUGGCUGUGUAUUCUCAAAUACUGUUUUGGAGAGCGUAGAUGGAUACAUUUGUACUGGUGAUGAGAAACUGCAGAACCUUCCUGGAACUUUUUUUGAAGUGAGCAUGACUGGUCAUAGUUACAACAUCUACAAUGCUGUCUAUGCCGUGGCCCAUGCUUUGCAUGCCAGGGCCUUGUCUAGAGUAAAACACAGUGCAACAGUGGAUGGAAGGGUUUCGAAGCUUCAGAAUCUCCAGAUGUGGCAGCUCCAUCAAUUUUUGAGAAGUGUCUCAUUUAACAACAGUGCCGGGAACAGGAUUUCUUUUGACCAAAAUUUGGAAUUAUUAGCAGAAUUCGAUGUUAUCAAUUGGAUAGUUUCCUCAAAUCAAACCUUUCACAGAGUGAAAAUUGGGACUGUGGAUCCUGACAGUCCUUCAGACCGAGUGCUGACCAUAAAUGAAGAUGCCAUCACAUGGCACAAGUGGUUUAACCAGGCACAGCCUGUUUCUGUCUGUACAGAGAGUUGCCAUCCUGGUUUUAGGAAGAAAGGGAGGGAGUCGGAGGCAUCUUGCUGCUAUGAUUGCAUCCCUUGCCCAGAAGGAGAGAUUUCCAACCAGGGAGACAUGAACGACUGCAUUAAAUGUGCUGAUGAAAAGUAUCCAAGCAAAAGUCGGGAUUUAUGUAUUCCCAAGUCUGUAACCUAUUUGUCAUAUGGGGGACUGUUAGGACUUGGCUUAACCUGUUUUGCUCUAGCCUUUUCUUUCACCACUGCUCUGGUGCUAGGAAUAUUUAUAAAACACCAUGACACUCCCAUCGUCAAAGCUAACAACCAGAACCUCACCUAUACUCUCCUAAUCUCUCUCCUGCUCUGCUUCCUUUGUGCACUGCUAUUCAUUGGGAAACCACAGGAGAUGCUGUGUCUCCUCCGACAAACUGCUUUUAGCAUCAUCUUCUCCGUGGCUGUUUCUUGUGUGUUGGCCAAAACUACCACAGUGGUCCUGGCUUUCGUAGCCACCAAACCUGGAUCUAGGAUGAGGAAAUGGGUAGGGAAAAGGCUAGCUAAUUCCAUUGUGCUUUUCUGCUCUGUUAUUCAAACUGGUAUCUGUGCCGUGUGGUUGGCAACCUCUCCCCCCUUCCCAGAUGUGGACAUGCACUCAGUGACUAAAGAAGUUGUCUUGGAAUGUAACGAAGGGUCUGUGACUAUGUUUUACAGUGUCCUGAGCUACAUGGGCUUCCUGGCAGUUGCCAGCUUCACUGUGGCCUUUUUUGCCAGGAAGUUGCCUGACAGUUUCAAUGAAGCAAAGUUCAUCACUUUCAGUAUGUUGGUCUUUUGCAGUGUUUGGUUAUCCUUUGUUCCAACCUACUUAAGCACCAAGGGAAAAUACAUGGUUGCUGUGGAGAUCUUCUGUAUCUUAGCCUCCAGUGCUGGAUUGCUAGGAUGCAUCUUUUUCCCAAAAUGUUUCAUUAUUCUGUUGAGGUCUGAGCUGAACAACAAGGAACAUCUAAUGAAGAGGAAAGGCAGAAUGAUUUGA